GAAGACUGUCGGGUUGAUCCACGUGUUUGGAGAUGGGUGAAAUGGCCACAACCGUGGAGAUAAAUGAUUCAGCAGAGAUUCAUUUUGCUCAGCGACUGGCAUCAAACCGCAAACCAAUCAGGGAUAGAGCAUUGAAGAAAUUACGGAAAUGGCUGGAAGCUAAAUCAAAUACACAUAAAGGUAUAUGUAUCGAUGCUUUCAGCGAAUCUGAUUUUGUUAAGAUUUGGAAGGGUCUCCACUAUUGUUUGUGGAUGCAGGAUAAACCAUUACUACAGGAGGAGCUGACUGAACGCAUCACACAGAUGGUACAUGUGUUUGGCACAGCGGAGAGUUCACUACUUUUUGUAAAAGUCUUCUUCCAGACAGAGGCCAGGGAAUGGGAUGUUUUGGAUAAAUGGCGUGUUGACAAAUUUAUGACGUUGGUCAGAAAAAUGUUACAUCAAACACUUCUGUUCUUAAAAAAUAAAAAAUGGAGGCGGAAUAUUCUGACUGAGUUCACCAGCAUAUUGAGUUCCCAUGUGAUGAGUCCAGAUAAUGAAAAGAUACCCCAGGGCCUUCGUAUUCACCUGGCUGACGUUUACCUGGCAGAACUAGAGAAUGUUGGAGCUGAACAGUUGAGCCCUGAGCUGGUGCUGGUUUUCCUAGAGCCGAUCUUUCAGUAUGUUUCCAGUGCGGUCAACACUGAUGUGAUGAAGAGAGUGGUUGCCAGUGUGUUUGAAGUCAUCCUGAAGCAAACUCUGGACGAUGCCAUGGAGGCCGCUAAAGUGUUGAUCCAGAAGGAAGAGGAGGGAUGUGAGGUGGACCCAGAGGAUUUGGACAUGCCUAUCAGACUACAGUACGAGUUCAGCGCCAUUGCUGACCGGCUGUUUCAACUUGGCAGUAACACAACGUGUCGCACCAAGAAUCGGACCAUCAUUUAUGAAUGGGUGAAAAAGUUCCGAGACCUUGAUGAGGGAGCCAUUACCAGGGAGGAAGAUAUCGCUCCAGGCAUCAGUAAGAGGCUGAAGAAAACGAAGAAAAAAAGAAAAACUAAGAAAAGAAAAGGAAGCUCUCCUGCAGAUUUAUCCGAUGACAGCGAGGAGGACAUAUCUCCAAACAAGAAAUUGAAAUCUGAGGAGGAGACUGAGGAAGGAACCAUCAAUAAGGAUGAGAUCGCAGAAGGCAAGAAAGUGAAAAAAGACAAGAAAAAAAGUGCUGAUGUGACAAAGACAAAUAAAAGUGAAAAAAAUAAGAAGAAAAAGAAAAACAGGGAGAAUGCCUCCGAGAAAUUAUCGACAGACAAUUGUGACGAGGGAGAUUUAAAUGAAACAGAAUUUGAUAGCAGUAGUGUUAAUGUCACCAGGAUAAAAAGGAAGAAGAAAGUACCGAGUUCUAAAAUCAGUGGUAGAGAGACAGAAGCCUUAGCUCCAUCAGCAAAUUUAUUUGAUGUACCUCCAGGACUAGACAUGGAUGUCUCCUCACAGAUUCUCCCAAAACGAAAAACCAGCAAGUCGAAAAAGGGGGUCGAGUCUGAAGGGCAGUCCAAAACAAAGAAAACAAGUGACACAAGUGAAGAUGUUUUACAGGACGAGGUAGAAAUCUGGAUACCAAACAAGAAAUACAUGAAAAAAAGAAAUUCGAGCAUGGAAACGUCAGAAAAAAAAUCACCCGGAGCCCAGUUUGCCAAAUUUGAUGUGAACUUGACGACACCACCAGCAUUCUUAAGGAAGGCUGUGGCUAAGUCUACACCAAAAUCUGGCCGUAAAAGAACGGAUCAGGUGAUGGAGUCAGAAGCCUUGUCAACUCCAGGUGGCAGGAAGCGUGUCAGUUUUAAUAUGAACAAAAACGAAGCAAAAGAGUUUCAUAAAAAGACACUGAUAGAAAGUAAAGAGGACGCCUUCAUCCCCAGCAGGACCCCCGAACAGGGUAUCCUGAAAACUACACCUAGUUCUACCAGGUCAAAGAUCAGGAAAAACUCCACUCCAAAUUCCUCCAGACGCGCCACUCCAAAGUCCUCCAAACGCCCUAAGGCCACAGACUUCUUUUGAGGAUGUUGACAAAUACAACUUGUGAAAUGUACUUUUAAUUAGAUACACAAUCAUGUUACUUAGAAUGUAUUUUUUUAAGACAUGUGACAGCCCUAUUUUACCUGUAAAUCAGAUAUUUUUGUAUUUUUUGUGGUUUUCACAAAACAUGUUAUUUAGUGAGUAUAUGAUAUCCCUUACUUUGAUUCCAAUGAAAUCAUCCAUUAAAAGUACAAUGAAAACAGCUUUGACAAAUAAAAAAAAUAGAUCUCCGAGAUUCUUUAUAUCGCCAUAGCAACUUGAUACUGUAGAAUUGAAUUCAAUAGGAAACAACAGACUGUCUAUUAUGCUGUUUUGUGGUAAAGGUAGUAAAUGCAUAUUGCUGUCCAUGAUGGUACUCCGGAAAUAAACGAAAAUUAAAAAAAAAAGCAAAUUAAAUUUCUCAGUACUGUUCCUGCAAUGGUGACUUUUAUGAAUUUGACAUUUCAUUUGUAAGGUAAAUCUUAUUUUGUAGUAGGAUAAUGUUGUCAGUCGUGUGACAGUUGUGGUUUAUACAAUGAUAUCAUUCAGGUGAGAAAUGAAGAGUUCAGGGACUCUUUUUGUGAAUACCCAGGGACUUGAUUAUAAUAGCCUUUCCUCCAGCCCUGACGUCAGGCUCAAUGCAAUCUGACAGACGCGUGUCUGACUCAUUCUGACAGACAGGUUUCUGACACCUAUGAUUAUAUAUAUAUAGUGUCAAGAUGUACUCAUUUAUUUUAAACAGUAAAGUAAACACAGUUUUGUGUAACUAAUUCAUCAUAUGUGGUUACUAUAUAUAGUAAUAUAUAAUUAUACUUACGAACCUGAAGAACGUAUAUCACGAUAACUAUCUGUGGUUACUAUAUAUAGGUUUGUUUUUGUUUGGGUAUUCCACUUGGAACAAACACUACUAGAUCUUCUCUCGUAUUCAAGCUUUAGGAUUUAAAGAUAUAACUACAAAAGAGAAAAUCUCUUUUUCACUUAACAAGAUUAUCCUCAUUUUUAUUAGGCAGAGAAAGAUCUGUCCUUCUCGUCAGCUGAAGGGCCACAAGUCUGUAAUAGUGGACUAAGACCUGCUAGAUAAAUAAAUUUGUCCUUCUUUAUCAAGGGAGAAGCAGCCAACAUGUGCCUUUAGUCUUAAAAUGUCACCACUGAAAAUGGACGACAUCAUUACUUUGUACAGCACAACCUUAUCACAGUAGAGUAAUAUCUUACUCCAUUCUCCAUCAAUAAGGACAUAUUUUAUUUUUGGUUCACUGUUACAACUUGCAGAAUCUAAUGCUAGGAAAGUGCAGGAGAAAAAUAAUGAAUAACCCCUGUGUGAUGAAGACAGAGAAAUUUUACUCAUGUUUAAGAUCAUGUGAAAAUCAGAAUUUAGUUAAGUUUGAAAAUUUAAAACAUGAAAUUGUUGCUCUGCAAGGACAAAUGAAUUGUACCCAGCAAGCAGAGUUAAUAUUUGUUACAUUUUACAAUAGAGCAACAUACACUGUACAUGUUCAUAAAUGCUAUGUAUGUAUGGACAAAUAAAACUACAAUGUAUCAAAUA